CUCCGCCGCACUCGCACGCUCAACGUCUUUCAGUCAUUGCGGGAGAAUAGGAGGAGGAGUGCGCCCCCUGUUCAGGAAUGGACGAUCUUUGGCGAGCUGUUGAGGGAGAGCGAGGGGCCACAGAGGGUGGUCACUAGUGCACCGGGUAGUGUGCUGCUUGAUGCGAGCCUGAGGAGUAGGGAGAGAAGCAGAUCGGUGCGAUUGAGCACCGUCUUCCUGAGUGGCUCAAGGCCGACAUCACCCCUGUCUUCUCCAGACUCGAUGUCGACCGUCCAUACGCCACUAGUCACUCCCUUCACUCGCCUAAGCAAUCAAUUCCCAGAGGGUUCAGCCCCGUACUUUCCAAUAGUGAACGGCGAUGCCCAACCCAAACCCACCAAAAGGUUCCAGCUCCCCACACUCAAAUACCUGUACAAUAUCAUUACCCUCAAUUUCCUCAGUCGACCGACGAAAGAUAUCCUCAAAUGCGUACUGGCGUACUUUAUAGGCUCGCUGUUUACUUUUGUACCGGAACUGUCUGCAUUUAUCUCGGGCCUGAAAACGGAGGAUAGUGCACUGGGAGCAUCUGCGUCGGCGCAUAUGGUUGCCACCAUCGCCGUCUAUUACAACCCAGCCAAAACCGUCGGAGCAAUGAUGGAAGCAGACAUCUUCUGCAUCACCGCAUCCCUAUUCACGGCCGUCUGUUCUCUCCUCGCCAUGGGCAACUUCUGGGUAUUUGAAGUCCUCCCUGGCUGGGAAUGGCUAGCCGAUGUAUUCAUAUUGCUCUGGAUUGGGAGUGUCAUGUCUGUGGUUGCGUUUGCGAAACUGUGGAUGAACAAGGCGUCUUUCAACCCAGCUUGUUCGAUGGCGGUGGUCACUUUAUCCAUUGUUGUCAUAAGGGAAGGUGGACUCGAGACGCUUCUUCGAGUUCUAUUCAUAAUAUUCAUCGGCACGCUCAUCUCCAACGUCGUCUGUUUCCUUCUCUGGCCCGAGAGCGCCGUGACUCGCUUACAAAACAACAUGUCAAAAUCCCUCGUCUCUCUUUCGACCCUUCUGCGCGUUAUCGGCGAAUCCUUCCUAGCCGGCAACGACCAACUCCCCGACGACCAGGACCUGGCCGAAGCAGUCUCCGGCUACCAAGCCGUUUUCACAAAACUCAAAGCAGGCCUAGGCGAGGCCAAAUCCGAGUGGGCCGAUCCCAGGCUCCUCCAGGAAGGGGACUACGAAGCUGCUAUUGAGGGCUUCACUCGGCUUGCGCAGCAUAUGACAGGCUUGAGAGAUGGUGCCAAGAUACGGAACGAGCUUCGUGCAAGGAAGAUCGGGGAGGACGGGAAGCUGGAACAUGUGGAGGAUAAUGCUGGGUUGGCGGUGUUUGAUGCUGUUCAGCGGGAGUUGUCGUUGCCUAUGAAUGCGCUUAUCGAAGCCUGCUGCGUCUCACUUCGCAGCACCAGCGAAGUCUUCGAACGAGACGCAGGCGGGGUCAUAUUAGACUUCACCCAGAUGGCAGAAGACAUCGAGGACGGGUUGGACACGUUCGUGAACCUGUCGAACCAGACUGUCCUGAAUUUGUAUCGGGGGACAGACUUGAGUGCUACGCAGGCGAUUGAGAGUCGUGCAAGGAACGAGGCGGUUUUUAAUGUUUACUUCUUCAUCUUUACUCUGCAGGAAUUCGCAAAAGAGACCAACCUAUUACUCGAAGCUAUGAACAGGAUCUGGAAUACCGAACGGCGCCUGAAUCAAGAGACUAUCCUCGGCAGUCGUACGCUUGGCAGGAUGGUGCAUAUUCUUGGCUCUUGUUCGUUUUUUUCGAGCGAAACGUCAAGCGAGGAGAAGAUUGCAGUUUCGAAGAAGCUGCGUAAGAGGAUGUCGAUACUCUUGUCCAAGGAUCUCCAGCCACAGAAGGACAUGUUCCCCUCCCUGCAUGCGCAUACCACCAACACUGCGCAAACACCUGCUCGAGAGACACUUCCCUGGUACUGGAGGCUGAAGCAGACCUUAUGGGCAUGGGGCGAUCGUAUGAAGCAGCCAGACGUGAAAUACGCACUCAAGACCGGUAUGGCGGCUAUGUUACUCGCUUCCCCUGCCUUUUUCGAAUCGACCCGCCAGGGCUUCUUGGAUUAUAAGGGAGAGUGGGCGCUUAUUUCGUUCUUUGUUGUUAUGGGUCCGACGAUCGGCGCGACGAAUGCCCUCGGUCUCCAGCGAAUCCUUGGAACACUCUUGGGGGCGUUCGUCGCGGGUCUUACGUAUGCCCUAUUCCCCAACGAACCGAUCCUUCUCGCCAUCCUAGGCGCGCUGUAUGCCGUCCCCUGUUUCUGGCUCGUCGUCAAGCGACCCAAGCACGCCACGUCAGCACGAUUCAUCCUCCUUACGUACAACCUCACCUGCCUAUACGCUUACAAUUCGCGAACCCGGGAUAUCGGAGUGGAAGAUAUCGCCAUCAAGCGAUCUCUUUCCGUUAUCAUGGGUGUCGUGUGGGCGUUUGUGGUCAGUCGGUGGUGGUGGCCGUUAGAGGCACGCCGGCAGUUGGGGAUCUCUCUGAGCGACUUCUGUCAAGAGAUCGGUUGGUUGUACACGCGUCUUGUUCGCACCUACUCGAUUCCGCCCCGUCUGCUGUUUCCGCAACAGAGUGUCACACAACCUACUUCAAUUGAUCAGGCACCGCUGAUGAACGAUGCGACAUACGUACAGAGUAUCGAGCCUGCGUUCAACAAUCUGGAAUUGCACCUUCAAAUGAAGUUGAUCGAGCUUCAACAACUUCUAUCGCAUACCGCGAACGAGCCGCGUCUGAAAGGGCCAUUUCCCGUCAAGCUGUACCGACAGAUCCUGACCAGCCUGCAAAUAAUUCUCGACAAGUUGCACAGCAUGCGAUGCGUUACCAUGCGCGAAGAGUGGUUUGCCGCCGUGCAUCGGGACUUUAUCAUGCCAGUACAGAGGGAACGGCGGGAAAUGGUGGGAAAUGUCAUUCUGUACUUUGCGACAUUAUCAGCGGCAUUCCGUCUCAAGUCCCCACUUCCACCGUACAUGCCGCCAGCGGAACAGUCUCGUCUGCGACUGAUCGAGGCACUGCGUUCCAUCGACACGAGAAGCAGCUCGAAAGAUUCCCGUCAUCUCCUCUACUACGCCUACGCGUCUUCCAUGCAGGGAGUCAUCCAAGAGCUAGAACGGCUCGGCAGGACUCUGCAAGACGCGUUCGGCGUCAUUGGCGAUAGCACGGCAGAAUUCGAGGUCUUGUUCGACAAUUCUCGCUUGGAAUCCGCCGUUAAUUCUCCGCCAACGUGA